AUGCCUUACAAAAGGCGGUGUUUUGGCUCUUCACAUGGGUGGUUAUUCAUUAUGAAAAAACCUAUGAUCAUAACUCUCUUAAACCCAUUGAAUGGGAGAACUAUCCACCUCCCAGAAUUCAAAGAUCUUUCGAAUGAUUACCAGUACUGGAUUGAUAAAGAUGACUAUGAAUAUUUCAUUUGUAAAGGUAUAUUAUCUACAGAUCCUUCUCAAGAUGCAAAUAAUUAUGAAGUUGUGGUCAUUUAUGGUGGCAUGAGAACAUUGGCAUCCUGCAAAUCAGGGGAUGAAGCUUGGACUUUCUUGGAUUUGAAAGAAGAUUACUUAUUUUCUGAUGUUAUUUACUAUGAAGGUCGACUCCAUGGUGUCACUGAAAGGGGUGGACUCAUAUGUGCUGAUGUUAUCAAUGAUGAGAUGACAAAACCUUUGUGGCUUGAAACCAAGAGCUUGGGUGAUCAAGCAUUAUUCUUGGGAGACAAUGAUUCUCUAGCUGUUUUGGCUUCAAAUUUUUCUGGAUGCUUUCCGAAUUCUAAUCAGGUCGCUGGAGUUUGUGUAGACCGUGGUGCUGGCGAGUGGCGAUGCCCUUCACCAUUGACGUUGGCGGAGCACUUGGCCGCAUUUGGGUAG